GCGGAUCUGCGCAGUGCACGGCUGGAGGCAGCGAGGGCGAGGGCUGCUCUGGAGGCGCAGGAGCACAGAUGCGCUGGACUGAUGGAGGAUGUGCGGCGGCUGGAAUCAGACAGGACGCUGUUGAAGAAGCAGGUGGACGCGUUCGCGUCUCAGCUGCACCUCACCAACUCGCAGCUGGCUCAGGCGCAGGCGGCUCUGCAGGCAGCAGAGGAGCAGAACAAUGCGCACUCCAACCAGUCGGUGGAGCAGGCAGCAGCGCUGCGCAAGGCAGUGGAAGCUGCAGGCAUUGAGAGGGAUGCGGCUGUGCUUGCCAAGGAGGACCUGGCAUCACAGGUGCGGGUGCUGAAGAGACGACUUCAGGAGGCAGAGGAGGAGCAAUGCAAGGCAGAAGAGGCAUCGGCGGCGCUAGCAGCUGAGCUGAGGGCGCUGCAGCACUCAACAGAGGCCACAGUGGAUCGGGCAGGUGCGGCAUUUGCUCCCGACCCUGACCAGCUCAGGGUUGCUGAAGCUGCCAGAGAUGCCGCCAAGGCUGAGCUGCAGGACCUGCGCCAGGAACUGACAGGCAUGCGGCAGCAGCUGAUAGCGGAGAGGCAGAGGGCGGCAACGGCUACUGGAGGCAAGGAGGCUGUUGAGAAGCAGCUGGCAGUGGUGCAGGCAAAGCUGAAGGAGGCAUUGGAAGCAGAGGAGAGGCUCAAGAUCCAUGCCAAGGUGGAGGUUCGACAAGAGGUGGAAGGGGACCUCAGGUCCAACAUCGAGGCUGAGGUUCAGCAGAAGCUGGAAGCGGAGGUCCGGGAAGCAGCUGAGGCUGAGACUCGGAAGAAAAUGGAAUCCGAGGUUCGGCAGGACGUCGAGGGGAAGGUUCGGAAAGAGCUUGAAACGGAGGUUCGGGAGAAGUUGAAGGCAGAGGUUCGGGAGGAGCUAGGAGCAGAAGCUGGGAGAAAUGCUGUGGAGGUCUUAAAGCCCAGCAGUCAAGGAUCGGUGGGAUCGGUAGAUGUGGGAACUCAAGUGAUAUCUGUGAGCGAGGAGGCUCGGAAAGAGAUUGAAGCAGCCGCUGUAGCUCGGAUGCGACAGGAAAUGGAAGAAGAGAUUCGGAAGGAGCUUCGGAACGAGUUUGAGAAGCAGAUUUGGGAAGAGGUGACUGAGAAGGUUCGGGAGGAGGUGCGGAAGGAGGUAGAAUUGGAGUUGAAAAAGUCUAAGGGCGAUUCUGAGGGUGCUUCGACUGCUGCUGCUGCUGGUGGAGCUGGUGGUGGAGUUACGGUUGAGAGUGGUGGAGAGGGUGUAGGGGACAAUGAGAGAACGGAGGUGGAGGGUAAAGGUGAAGAUGUGGGAGGUGGAGGAGAAAGAGAAGGAGCAGGAGCAGGGGCAGGAGAAGGGGCAGGAGCAGGGAUCGGAGAAGGGGUGGGAGCAGGGGCAGGAGCAGGGGGGGGAGAAUUGGCGGGAGCAGGGGGAGGAGAGGCAAGUGAAGCAGUGGGGCAGUCUACUGAAGAGCUUGCACGAUUGAAGGAGGACGCGGAGAAAGCAGAGGAGGAGCGGGGUCAGCUGCAGCAGCAGUUGGAGAAGCUACAGGUGUCGCUGGCUAAGAAGGAGAAGGCACGGCUGAGACUGCUGUCUGAGGUGGAUUCCCAGUCGCUGCAGAUAGAAAGACUAUUCGCGGAGAAUUCAGGGCUGGCAGCGGGGCUCAAGGAGGUCUCUGCCAUUGCCGCCCGCUGGGAGGCUCAGGUGCGCGCAUGGCAGAAGCUGCAGAGCGAGCAGCAGCAGGAGCAGAUGGACAGCGGCAAAGGGGCAGCAACAGCAGCAGGUGCAGCAGCAGGAGCAGGAGCAGCAGCAGGAGCAGGAGCAGCAGCAGGAGCAGCCUCAUCAGCAGAAAAGGCAGGAGCAACAGGGGAGUUAUCAGGAGAAGAGAAAGGAGGGGUGGGAGGAACAGGAGCAGCAGCAGGAGGAGUAAGAGCAUCAGGGGCGGUGGGUCCGGGGUUAGGAGACACGGACACAGAGGCAGACACGGAUGAUCAAGAGCUGCCAGUCUCCACCUCCCCCAGACAGCACCUGGAGCUGCCACCAGUAAACACCUCCCCCAGGCAACUUCUGGAAGUGCCACCGUUUUCUGGUGCUGGGACCUCAGCAAGUGGGGAAGAGAAUGGGGAGGUGGUGGUGGGUCUGCAGGGGGAUGGCGUGAAGAUGGAGGGGUCAGGAGCGGUGGAAGGUGGUGGAGAGGAAAGGGCAGGGAAGGAGGAUGGGGAGAAGGAGGAGGUCGGGGAUGGGGCUAGAGGUGGGGAGGAUGGGGGAGUGGGACAGAGGAGGGGAGUGGGUGUGGAGGUGAUUGGAGGGAAGUCUAUGGAAGUUCUGGAGGAAGAGAACAGGAAGCUUAAGGACGAACUCACCGCCGCCCAGCACCGCAUCCGCCGGCUGUCAGUGCAGGCACUGCGCUCCGAUGCCAGUUGCACCACGGCGGUGCAGAGGCUGUCCCAGACCAAGCGGAUGUGA